AUGGUCUCCCAAAAAGACCGCGAGAUCCUGCGCGCAGAGAUCCGCUCACGGAAUAACAAGCUCAAUGCCGCCGACCGUGAGGAUCUGCUGAAACCAUACCUCCCCGAUCCCUCCGAACUGUCCACGCCGCAACGAUCCCGAGCCUCGACCUCUUCCUCCCAACGGCGCCAGAAGGCACGCAAGACACCCAUCCGCUCGUUCAUCAAGUCGCAGAUCCACCGCCUGACCUACGCUAUCACGCAUAUCAUCUUCGGUAUCAUCGUGCGCCUGCUGCAGGCCUACCAUGCCGUCGUCGACCGCAUCUUCGCCAUCGUCUACCACCACCAUCGCACGCCCGAGCUGAUCCGCAAGGACGUCCGUGGCCUGAAGCGAAUCCCGCAGCACCUGAGUGUGAUUCUGACACUGCGCAGCGAGGAUGAUGCAUUGGCGGUAUUAAUGGACGAGGUGGCUGAAUUGACUGCCUGGAGUGCAUGCGCGGGGAUCCAUCAGCUCAGCGUAUAUGAAAAGACGGGCGCUCUCAAGUUCUGCAUCCCGGCGCUGCAUCAGAUCAUUACCACCAAACUGGCCUCAUACUACGGCACACCCUCCCAUCAGCCUUCUCUCCAACUCUUCGCUCCUCACCACCCUGUCCACGGCGACACACCUGACCCCAAUUCCGAAAACCCUGCCCUUGCACUUCUUCUCUUGUCCUCCACCGACGGCCGUGAGACACUCGUGGAUUUGACCAAGACCCUGGCGGAGAUGUCACAGAACGGCAAGUUGUCUCCGGAGGAUAUCACGCCCGAACUGGUGGACGCUGAGAUCAGCGAGAUCACCACUCAGCCUCUCCAGGCCGACUCGGCCUCUGGUGCUGCCAAGAUCCUCAAACCCGAGCCAGAUCUCCUGCUGGUGUUCGCGCCCUUCUUGAAACUGGAUGGCUAUCCUCCGUGGCAGAUCCGCUUGACGGAGAUGUACUGCACCGGUGACCGCAACCACGCUCUGAAUGGAGACGGAGAAGCUGUCGAGUAUCAGGGAUUCAUGCGGGGCCUGUGGCACUACGCCGGGGCUCAGAUGCGCUUUGGCCGAUGA